AUGUCCAAGCAUCAGAAUUUCAUCAAUCACUCUCUUAUCUUCUUCAUCACCAAAACCUUUACCUUAUAACCUGAGCUCUCAGCCAAAUCAAUCCCAGAGCCAUAACCCAAAACUCAUACAUCCCCAUAGCCAUAUACUUGCUCCCUCAGUCUGGUGCAUUCAAGAUUAUUUCCCUGAGUUCUGAGAAUCUGUCACUAAGUAUUGAAGUAUGAGGCCUAAAUCCCAUCAAACCCUCAAUGUCAAGUUUCUGAUUCUAGGGUUUUUGGUAGCAUUUUUCUUCAUCUUAGUUUUAUGGCCAAAUUACUCUGCUUCCAACCAAGCUGUAUCUCCAAGUUCAUCAUCAAAAGCUUCGUCUCUAACCCUCAAAGAUUCAAAUGAUGAUGAUCAUGGCACAAAAGAAGAUUGUUCCCUUUCUUGCGCCAAGAUCCCUCCUUCUUUAGCCAAAGCUCUCAUCCACUACUCAACCUCAACCAUAACCCCACAACAAACAUCCAAAGAAAUCUCAGUGACAUCAAGAGUUCUAGAAAAGAAAUCACCCUGCAACUUCCUAGUCUUUGGCCUGGGCCAUGACAGCCUCAUGUGGAGCUCCCUCAACCAUGGUGGCAGGACAGUUUUCCUGGAGGAAGACGAGGCAUGGAUUGAACAAAUCCGGCGCCGGUUCCCCGGCCUAGAGUCCUACCAUGUGACUUAUGACAGCAAGGUGAAUGAAGCAGACAAUUUAAUGGAAGUAGGAAAAGGGCCAGAGUGUACAGCAGUGGGAGAUCCUAGGUACUCAAUGUGCCAACUAGCUUUAAAAGGAUUGCCCAGUGAGAUCUAUGAGAUAAAAUGGGAUUUGAUAAUGGUGGAUGCACCAACUGGGUAUUAUGAGGAAGCUCCUGGGAGGAUGACUGCUAUAUACACUGCAGGAAUGAUGGCAAGGAACAGAGAAAGUGGAGAAACUGAUGUGUUUGUGCAUGAUGUGAAUAGGGAAGUGGAAGAUAAGUUUUCUAGGGCAUUCUUGUGUGACAAGUAUAUGAAGAAACAAGAAGGCAGGUUAAGGCACUUCACAAUUCCUAGUCACAGGGAUGACUUGGAUAAGCCAUUUUGUCCUCAGGAUUAAAACUAGUUCAUUUUUUCUCUUUUCAAACUCUCAUGUCUUUGGAAUAAUAUUCAUGCUUUCUUUUAGCAACUAAAACACAUUCAUAAUCUUUGGCCAAAAAAAUUUAAGAGCAGGAUCUCUCCCGCUCAGUCCCUCCUGUUCUCCCUCCUGCCCCACAGACGGCCCCACCAUGUGAGGGCCGGAGGGAGAGCAGGAGAGAGGGCGCAAGAUCUAGUGAACCUGGGUCUUCUACAUAUACUUUAUAUUCAUUCAUCACAGACAAACAUAAAAAGGACCUCUUGAUGAUUCCUUUGAUUUUGCAAGUUUUGUUGGGCAUUCAUGCAUUAAUCUGCCUAGAUGGCUACUGAACUAUGUAUAUAUAUACGUAUGCAUGCAUGCAUGCAUAUGCAUGUGGUGUUAUUUGAAAUUGGAGUAGCAAUCAUUAUUUUUUUUCAUUAUCUUUCCGAAUUACUA